AUGGCAACGAACGACGUAGACUGCAAUGGAGAGAACGACUUUUCAAAGCGCUUCUAUGCCAUCAUGUACACAAUCAUCUUGGUACCUGGACUGAUAGGGAACAUUUUAGCACUCUGGGUGUUUUAUGGGUACAUGAAAGAAACAAAACGGGCCGUCAUUUUUAUGAUCAACCUCGCAGUCGCAGAUUUAGCCCAAGUUUUAUCCUUGCCUCUGAGAAUUUUCUAUUACCUAUCGGAAAGCUGGCACUUUGGGAAUGGGCUCUGCAUGUUCUGCUUCUACCUGAAAUACGUCAACAUGUACGCCAGCAUCUACUUCUUAGUAUGCAUCAGCGUCAGGCGUUUUCUGUUCAUCAUGUACCCCUUGAAGUUCAGCAACUGCGAGCGCAUCUACGACGUGUAUGUCAGCAUCGCCGGGUGGAUUGUGGUCUGUAUCGGUUGUUUGCCUUUCCCUCUUCUGCGACGUGCAUCUAAUGAGACGCACAAUGGCAGCAAAUGCUUUGUGGACCUUCCGGUCAAUGCCAUCAGUGGUACGGUCAGCAUCACCAUGAUGACCGCUGGCGAACUGGUUGGGUUUGUGACCCCUUUGCUGAUCAUCCUGUACUGUACGUGGAAGACUGCCUUGUCUCUCAGAGAAAAACAUUCCCUUCCCCAAGACCUUGGAGAGAAAAAGAAAGCGUUGAAGAUGAUCUUAACUUGUGCUCUGGUCUUUCUGAUUUGCUUCGCCCCUUACCACAUCAGCUUCCCUUUGGACUUCUUUGUGAAAGCCAAAACAAUCAGAGACUGUCAUGCUCGAAAGGUGAUUCUGAUAUUCCACACAAUAGCCUUGUGUAUCGCCAGUCUCAAUUCUUGCCUCGACCCCGUCAUUUAUUACUUUACAACAGACGAGUUCCGAAGGAGACUUUCAAGACAAGACUUACAAGACAGCAUCCAGCUCCAUAAUACAUUCUAUGGGAAAACCAAUGGCCCCACACAGUGCAGUGACCCAGCAUGA